GUCUGGCUGGAAGAGGCGAGGCGAGGCUCCUCCGUCGAGGGGACGGGACGCAGAAGCGCGCCGGAGAGGAGCAGGCGGCGUCCAGAGCAGCAGCAGCGGCAGCUACCCCUCCGUCGGGGCGAGGAAGCCAAAUCCAAGUCCAGCCUCUCCAUCGGGCUGCGGGAGCCUGGAGGGAGCGCUCGCCUGUCUGGAUCCAGCGGCGGCGGCGGCGGCGGAGAAAGAGGCUCCGAGCAAACGCCGAGGAGAAGUCGCCCGGCCAGGGGCUUUGAAGGGACCAUCUUUUGGCUGUGAUCCCCGUGCCAAGGAGCAAAGCUAACUAUGAGGGAUGCACAUUCUCCUUGGUCCAUGACUAAAUUGAUUUGCCUCCCUUGGAUGAGCCUGAUCUUUCUGGAGGGCUGCAGCCCAAAAGUUCUGGAGAAGACAUUUGAACAAUGGAUGAGGUAUAAAGAUGAGUGCUUGAAGAAGAUAGCAAGUGAUCCUUACCCUUCAGGGCUGUUUUGCAAUCGGACGUUUGACAUGUAUGCAUGCUGGCCAGAUGGGAGUCCCGGGACCAUCGUCAAUGUCUCCUGCCCUUUUUAUUUGCCCUGGUAUGAGAAAGUUAAACAUGGUACGGUGAGCCGCAAGUGUGGGCCUGAUGGCCACUGGGCGAUGCUGAAUGGGACAGAGCUCUGGAGGGACCAUUCCCAGUGCAAGGAAGAGGUGGAUGGCAACACUGGAGAGGAAUCAUCCUACCGCCUGAUGGUCAGCUUCAAGGUCCUCUACACCGUGGGCUACUCCCUCUCUCUGCUGGCCCUGGUCUUGGCUCUGCUCAUCCUGACGGUCUUCAGGAAGCUUCGCUGCACCCGGAACUACAUCCAUGCAAACCUCUUCGCCUCCUUCGGGCUACGGGCCAUCUCUGUGAUUGUGAAGGAUGCAUUGCUGGAGCAGAUGUGGAGAAGGGAGACGUUCCAGGUGUCCGACUGGGAGGCCUUGCUGAGCCAUGAGGCUGCGAUUGGUUGUCGAGUGGCUCAAGUCGUGAUGCAGUACUGUAUUCUGGCCAAUCAUUAUUGGUUUCUUGCGGAGGCGGUCUACCUGUACAAGCUUCUGAUUGGAGCUGUGUUUUCAGAGAAGAAUUACUACACUCUGUACCUGUACUUGGGCUGGGGAACCCCUGUGGCUUUUGUGGUGCCGUGGAUGGCUGCCAAGUACCUGAAGGAGAAUGCAGAGUGCUGGGCAUUGAACGAGAACAUGAAUUACUGGUGGAUUAUUCGCAUCCCUAUUUUGCUAGCAUCUGUGAUCAACCUGCUGAUCUUCAUGCAGAUCCUCAAAGUGAUCCUGGCCAAGCUGCGAGCCAAUCAGAAGGGCUAUGCAGACUACAAACUGCGGCUGGCCAAAGCCACCCUCACCCUUGUCCCUCUCUUUGGGAUCCAUGAAGUAGUCUUCAUUUUUGUCACAGACGAGCAAACUACAGGAGUGCUGCGCUACAUCAAAGUCUUCUUCACUCUCUUCCUCAACUCCUUUCAGGGAUUCCUGGUUGCUGUCUUGUAUUGCUUUGCAAAUAAGGAGGUGAAAUCUGAAAUGAAGAAGAGGUGGCAGCUUUGGAAACUGGACCACCCUGCCCUCUGCUGCACCCAGUAAGAGGAAAUUGGGGACGCCAAGAGCUCCUUAAGACAGCGAUUGAUGCUCUGUCCUAUGAUGCUGCACCUGGCAUUCUCAGAUGGCCACAGAGUGCUUGGGGCAAUGGUGGUGGUGAUGGUCACAGCUUUGUUGGAGGACCACAGGCAACGUUCUGAAAAAGGGGGCAGAGGUUAUUUCUACCAGUUGGGCAAAACAUAGAAAUUGACAUUGCUGGCUUACAGCACCCAGAUGAUGAUAAACCAGCCAUGAAAGGGCAUUAGGAAGUGCCAAAGAGCCUGAUGGAGGGUGUGCAUAACGCUGCAGAAGGAAUCCUGAAGCUCCAGGAAUUAGCGAGGGAUGUGUGCGUGUCUAGCUCUAUGGUACAGCAUCUGCUUUGAAUGGAGAAGGUCCAGGUUCAAUCCCCAGGAUCUCCAGAUAGGGCAGGAUGAGACCCCAUUGGAAAUCUUGGAGAGCCACUGCCCAGCCAGAGUAGGCAAUACCAGAUGAAGAAAUGGUUUGACUUGGGAUAAGGGAGCUUCCUGUGUUCCACGUCUCAAAACCAACUCAGGAUUCAGCUUUGGUAGGAUGGCAGUCCAUCCUAGGAGAUCACCAAGGGCCUUAAUACUGUCCUCUACCACCUGUUCCCAUUGUUCAGCAUCUGCUAUCUACCUUCAAGCUUUUCAUAGAGGUAUAUUCUGUACCAGAGAAAAGAAGUCCUCCUCUCUCAACUAUGAAGGCUACAGGCUUCUAGGCCAAGAUCAAGAUAGCCUUGCAGACACAGGCACUGAGAUCCCUCUUCAGUUUUGUUUCUGAAGAUGCCAGAGCAAGAAACCCAUUGAGGACUCCUUCAGGGGACGUCAUAGCUCUGUAGCCCAGGCAUUGGCCAGCCUGACUCAGUGUGGGAACUCUGCAACGCUCUCCUCAGCUAUGACUGAGCCCAGUGGUUUGGCUCCAAAGAGGCUAUUUCUGGGGAGUCAAGAGGAUUGUGCUUCGCUCAGCUUCUGCAUGAGGUCCCUGUGCUCAUUAAAAAGCACAAGCUUUUCACUUUGCAAGGCGCACUGUUAACAUUGGGAGAAUUCAGAGUACUUUCCCUGUACACGCUGACCUUCUCGGGCUUCACGCAACCAGCAGUGGACGCACUUUGCAUCUCAAACAACUCCUCCUGCCUCUUUUCCCCUUUGGGCAGCUCUGAAGGUUUUCUUUGGCUGCCCAGUGCGUGCGGGACGAUGGUCAUUCUUCAUAUACUACCAUCUAUCCAUAUAUGACACUUUGCAAAUAACAGGUCCAUGGCUCC